AUGGGUGGCAAAAUCUGGCUGCCCUUCCCCUUGUUCCUCCUGGUCACUUUGCCCCUAAGGCUGCUGCCGGGGGCAGCUGGCUUCAUGUCUUCCUUAGACAGCAACUUUACCUUUACCCUUCCAGCCGGCCAGAAGGAGUGUUUCUACCAGCCCAUGCCACUGAAGGCCUCCCUGGAGAUCGAGUACCAAGUUUUAAAUGGAGCAGGAUUAGAUAUUGAUUUCCAUCUUGCCUCCCCAGAAGGCAAAACUUUAGUUUUUGAACAAAGAAAAUCAGAUGGAGUUCACACUGUAGAAACUGAAGUUGGUGAUUACAUGUUCUGCUUUGACAGUACAUUCAGCACCAUUUCUGAGAAAGUAAUUUUCUUUGAAUUAAUCCUGGAUAAUAUGGGAGAACAGGCACAAGAACAAGAAGACUGGAAGAAAUAUAUUACUGGUACAGAUAUGUUGGAGAUGAAACUGGACAACAUCCUGGAAUCCAUCAACAGCAUCAAGUCCAGAGUAAGCAACAGUGUUCAUAUACAAACUCUACUUAGAGCAUUUGAAGCUCGUGAUUGAAACAUACAAGAAAACAACUUUGAUAGA